CGGAGGGCAGUUCUCAUUUUCUCCGCGAUCAUCCAGUGUCUGUCAAACCUCCGCGGUGGGACGCGCCGCCCUGAGCGCAGCCAAGUUUCACCCUUUAUUGUUUUUAACAUUUAGAUUGUUUCUCAUCUCGCAGCGCCACUGAAGCAUGAGAUGUCGGCGCUCUGAGAGCAGGCGAAGGCGGAUCGCUGUCUGAGGACCCGCUGUCCCGUGGGUCGCGCUUUGUUUCGGAGCCGAAGACCCCCGCUGCUCUUCAAACACUCGGCAAGACAUGGAUCAAGUAGAAAAUGGAAACGCUCGCAAGGAAGUGCUCGAAUGUCCUGCAGAAGAAGAAGUUGAUCCUAGAAUUCAGGGGGAGCUGGAGAAGUUAAACCAGUCUACUGAUGACAUCAACCGCUGGGAGAGUGAACUGGAGGACUGCCGUCAGCGGUUCCGUUCUGUGCUAGUGGAGGCCACUGUGAAGCUGGAUGAGCAGGUGAAAAGGAUUGGACGAGCUGUGGAUGACUCUAAACCAUACUGGGAGGCCCGCAGAGUGGCCAGACAGGCCCAGGUGGAGGCCCAGAGAGCCACCCAAGAGUUCCAGCGAGCUGUGGAGAUCCUGCGAGCAGCCAAGGAGACCAUCGCCCUGGCUGAGGAGAGGCUCCUAGAGGAGGACAGCCGACAGUUUGAUUCAGCCUGGCAGGAAAUGCUCAACCAUGCUACGCAGAGGGUGAUGGAGGCGGAACAGGCAAGAACGCAUAGCGAAGUGGAACACAGAAAAACCGCAGCCAAUUACAACUCCUGUAUCAGUCACAUGAGGCAGCUGGAGAAGAAACUCAAACGCUCCAUCAACAAAUCCAGACCAUAUUUUGAGCUGAAAGCAAAGUAUUAUCUGCAGCUUGAGCAACUGAAGCGCUGCGUGGAUGAGCGCCAGGCCAAGCUUGUCGUUGCCAAGGCAGAUUACCGUACAGCGCUGCGUAACUUGGAAACCAUUUCCGAGGAGAUCCAUGCCCAGCGACGCUCCCUCUCCAUGGGAACCAGGGAACAGGGUGUGGGUGCAGAGGGGGAUGAGGGUAAUGAGGACGUUGUCAACUUCAAGAUGGAGUCAGAUGGCCUCUCAAUGGUGUCCGUAUCCAUUGAUGAAGAGUGCAGUCACAGUACCAGCUCAGAAGAGGAGACGGACACUGACUUCACCUCUUCACCUCUGGACAUACCCUCCUCUUCCUCUUCCUCUCAUCAUCACCCAUCCUCCCAUCCUUACCCUUCCUCCUUGCUCUGCUCCUACAUCUCCUCCUCUCCCCCUCCAUCCCUUCUCUCCUCCUCGUGCCCUGGUACCCUAGAGUUGCAGAGCCCCUGUGGCUCUCAUGACCCAGAAUCGGUGUGUGGUUCUGGGCACGCCUCACCACUCCUGGGCCCUCGCAGCCAGUGCAGUGGAGCUUCCUCCCCAGACUGUGACCAGGAGAGAGGUGACAGGGCAGAGGGAGCAGAGGGGACGUCACUGGGAGCCGGUCUGAACAAGAUGACCUUGACAGUCCCAAAUGACUCAGCAGACGAACAAGACCCAUACCCCACAAGCCCUGAGAUCUCCACUACCAAUCCAACCAAUACUAUUCUGCUACUCAACAGUGUGUAACGAACCUCUCUCUGUACCCGGCGUUAGAACACAACAUGUUUAACCCCCCUUCUAACUCUUUACUCAUUGACAACAACUCUGGAGAGGAGGCUGGAGUUUGAACCAGUGUGGCUGAAAUGCACUACAAACUGACACACACACACACCAAAAAAAAAAACACUAUUUUACUGAGACUUUUCAAAAUGUCCAUUUUAGCCAGCCGAUGUCUCAACAGAAGAUGUUGUUUUUGUGAUGAUGUCAUCAGUACUUAACCACCUACGCAGCAGUACUUAAGCAUAGAGACGGGGACAACGAAUGGAUUAUUUCCAUCUCCGUCUUGGCUUUCCCAAUCCCUGUUACUCCCAAAUCUCAAACAUAUGACAAUGGUUGAGUGAUGGUUGUGUAAACUACAGAGGUGAACGAGGAGGAAGGGGGAUGGUGAUGUUGGAGUGCACGCAGUACUUUAUCUGCAAAGAGACAUUUCAUGGGAUUAAAGCCCCUACUCCUGAGCCCUUCAGACUUCUUCUAAUUGAGGGAAUAAUGGUCUUCCAUUGAGAUAUGUGAACAUGUGAAUGAGUGUGUAUUUGAUUGUCGUUAUGUGUGUGUAACUUCGAGUGAAUAGUUUUGAGUGUGUGUCAAUGUACGAUGUGGUUUUGAAAAAUACGUCAAUAUUCUGAUGCGAGACAGAUAUUUUAUAUUUAUAAGCCUGUAUAUGAAUGUCUUGUGGAAAUUGUUAUGGUAAUUGUUUAACACCAUGUCCAUGUUGUCAGAACAAUAAACUUGUGUUUAGU